CUCCUCCUGGAUUUCCUCCCGUCUCCCGCUGCUGCUGGUUGGCUACAUUGUAUCAGUUCCCACACGAAGAACCACCACGGCACUCAUCCAGAAACGGUGAAUACGGAGGAAUUAACCUGGAUGGGAAGCUCUUCGCUGUGGGAUUAAUUUGCCAGAAGGUCGCGGGGAAAGGACUGGACUUGUGUCGGGCUUGAUGAUAAAAUGCCCUCCGGACUCGGGUUGUUUUCGAUGAGGACGGUAUCUGGAAGUGUGAUGGCAGAAGUCCAGUGAAUCGCUGGCCUCCCCUCCUCUCUUGUGUUGGAUGUCUUGGGGAGUGCGCUGCCACUGGUUUGUGGUGCUUCACAUUUCUGUAGAGGUUUUAUUAUAAUUCACUCUCUGAUUUGUUCUUUUUAUGGAGUGCACACCACCAUGGACAGACCAGGGUUUGGAAUAGGAGUGGCUAGCUAAGUCGGGCGAAAUGUGGUUAAAUGGGACAGGAACGAGUAGACCGUGAGGAUUUUCUAACCCUUGCCCCUGAGUCCCAACCGUCUGAGAGGGUGUCGGACCUCACUGAGGCAAUCCUGGGCCGUUGGCACUAAAAUGUCCCUAAGUGGUGGCACUGCAGGCGGGAAAGGUGUGGACUCUAAUGCGGUGGACACUUAUGAUAGCGGGGAUGAGUGGGAUAUCGGUGUUGGAAAUCUGAUUAUUGACCUUGACGCUGACUUAGAGAAAGACAAACUUGAGAUGUCCGGCACCAAGGACGGCAUGGCAGCACCACCCAGUGCAGUGGCAGCAUUGCCUGACAACAUCCGGUUCGUUAGUCCAGUGUCUGGCUCUCAAGGCAAGGAAAGCAAAUCCAAAUACAAGCGCAGUAAGAACUCUAAAGACAAUAGUAGCAAAGCUUCAGCUGGAGAUGGGGGCAAAAAAGAAACUACAGGACGGACUCAAGGGGAGCCAACAGGCACGGCAGCGGGCGCAGGAGCCGCUGGAAACAAUUCCACCUCUGGGAAGAACAUGGAAAAAGGGGGCAAAGCCUCCAGAGGUGUUCUGAGUAAAAAAGAGAAAGAAGGGGCUAGCGGGAAAAGUAAGAAGGACAAAACAGACGGAGCCCCAGUCGUGGCGAUAGCUGCUGCAGAGAAGGAUGUUGUGUCUCAAGCCCAAGUUGCUCUGGGGAAUAGUCGCAAUGCGUCCUUUGAGAACACACAAUCAACAGACUUGGCAGAAGCCAAUCAAAUGGGGAAUAUUGCACUUGAAUCUGUAGGGAUAGUACCAGCAUUGACCGCAAAAACUGAACCAGAGGAGGUGGAAAAUGGUAACAGCGAAUGCAAGACGUUAAAGAAGGUGAAAAAUGAAAAGAUGGAAUCUCCUGUCUCCACGCCAGCUCCUCCCCCCCUCCACCUCCUGGCCACAGUAGGCAACAGUGAGAUUUCCUCGCCGUGUGAGCAGAUAAUGGUGCGCACACGCUCGGUGGCCGUGAACACAUCCGAUGUGGCCCUGGCUACAGAACCUGAGUGCUUGGGGCCCUGCGAGCCCGGUACAAGUGUCAAUCUCGAAGGCAUUGUGUGGCAGGAAACUGAAGACGGCAUGCUGGUGGUCAAUGUUACUUGGAGAAACAAGACAUAUGUGGGAACGCUGUUGGACUGUACACGGCAUGACUGGGCUCCCCCCAGGUUCUGUGAAUCCCCCACGAGUGAUCUCGAGAUGAGGAAUGGGCGUGGUCGAGGUAAGCGAAUGAGACCGAACAGCAACACCCCUAUCAACGAGAACAGCAACUCCUCAGACAACAAGGGCACCGCCAACAACAAGACGCGUGCUGCUUCUAACAGCAAAGGCCGCAGGGGCAGCCAGACACCAUCAGAGCGCCGCACCCCACCUAACAGCAACACAGAGGACAUUAAGGCCAGUCCCUCGUCAGCUGGGAAACGCAAGACCAAACCAGCCUCGGACAUGGAGCCCAAUUCCAGCUCAGAGGACACCAAAGGCAACAAACGCAUGCGGACAAACUCGAACAGUGGAGGGGUGGGACCAACAGGUCUCCCGAUUCCUUCUAUUAAGACUGAGCCACUUCCACCUCCCCUCGAUCGCAGCUGCCCCUCUCCGGUUCUCAUUGACUGCCCACACCCUAACUGCAACAAGAAGUACAAGCACAUCAAUGGUCUCAAGUACCACCAAGCCCGUGCCCACAAUGAUGAUGACAUAAAGUUGGAAAUAGAUGGAGACAGUGAAUAUGGAGAGGACUCAACUCUCCACCCUGAACCGGGGAACUGUAAUGGAGCAUCUAUCUCACAGAAAGGAUGCUUGUCUCCAGCACGGUCGGUUACUCCAAAAGGCAGGAACUUUGAUGCACAAAGUCCUUCCCCAUCUCCUGGCAAGUUUGGUUCAAAGCAGAGUAAAAAGAAAAUUGCUGAGACAGAUGCAGAGAUGGGAGGUACCCCAACGGAUGGGUGUGAAGAUGGGCCGUGCCUCACUGAUGAGGCCAGUAACGAUGGUAUAGAUGAUAAAAGAGGAUCAGACAAGUCUAAAAAGGGUGGCACAAAAGCUGAUAAAUUGGCCCAGAAAAACAUGAAGUCACCUCGGCCUGUUGGCCCUGCCUCAACAGCAUCCCAGCAGAUGUACCCUUUUCCUCCUGGUAACCCAAAUUCUUCCCCAGGGCUUACCCCAAUGAUACAAGGAAUUCCCAAGAGUCCCCAAAUGAAGGGCACACAACCUAAACCCCCUGCCAUUGGUGAUCCUGCCACAAGUAGCUCCAAAGACAAAAAGAAAAAAGACAAGAAGAAAAAAGAUGGUGGGAAGGAGGCUGACAGCCCCAAGCCUCCGGGAAAGGGAGGGAAACUGGAGGAAGGUAAGCUUCCAUACCCUGAACCUUCUGAUCAAGGAAAUAAGGGGGAAGGACUUCUCAAUGGUUCCUCAGACCCACAUCAGAGUCGCCUGGCCAGUAUCAAGGCUGAGGCUGACAAAAUUUACAGCUUUUCGGACAAUGCCCCUAGCCCAUCAAUUGGUGUAGCCAGUCGGAUAGAUGGCACUGGGAUGCCACAGCCUCUCACACCCCUUCAUGUGGUGAACCAGAAUGGUGCGGACAACUCUUCAGUCAAAACCAAUAGCCCAGCAUAUUCAGACAUUUCAGAUGCUGGUGAGGAUGGUGAAGGGAAACUGGAAGGUGUCAAAGUCAGGACAGAGGACCAAGGUAUCCGGGAAAGUGUCAAAAAAGCACUCUUUCCAAACCAGACACCCAGCAAAGAUUCCCCGUACUAUCCUGGCUAUGAGACAUAUUACUCACCCAAUUAUGUAAAUCCUAGUCCUGGUGUGCCCACUCCAGGCACACCAGUGGCUGAAGGUCAGGCAAAGAUCAAAAGGGAAGAGGACCAGGACCAAGUUGAGGAAAAAGUAAAGGUUGAGGUUCAUGAAGACCGCAAACCUGACAUCAGUGCUCCUGGACAGCAGCAGCAGCAGCAGCAGCAACAACAGCAACAACAACAACAGCAGCAGCAGCAACAACAGCAACAACAACAGCAGCAACAGCAGCAGCAGCAGCAGCAGCAACCCUCAGUCAUCCAACAGCGAUCCAACAUGUACAUGCAACCUCUUUACUACAACCAGUAUGCUUAUGUGCCCCCGUAUGCAUACCAUCCCGAUCAAGCCUACCAUAACCACUUGAUGAACACCAAUCCAGCCUACCGGCAACAGUAUGAAGAGAGGCAGCGACAGAUGGCUGAGCAGCAUCGCGCUGAGAAGAAGUCAGAUGUGGCCAUAAAAGAAAGAGAAGCCUCCAUGAAGGAGGAGUGGAAACAAAAGAGCCCGAUGCCGCCAAGCCUCUCCAAAGCUCCAAGUCAGUCAGAGCUUGGAAAGACGCCGCAGCCCCCAAGCAAAUCCAGGGACUCGCCCUCUGAGCCUUCCUCCAAAUCCCUGGGAAGCAUAAAAAGUGAGGACCCAAAGUCCCAGCAAGCCGAGGGGCUAAAGAUGAAGCUGACUGAAGGGGGCCACCAUGGAAAGGAAGACUCCAAGCAAGCACUGGAGUCCAGAGGUCAGGCAGGAAUGGAGCAGGCCAUGUGGUACAGACAGCAGUAUCCCGAGAGCCAGAAGCCCCAAGCAGAAGAUGAACACCAGCAACAACAACCUCGAUGGAAGGAUGAAAGGGACAGGGAACGGGAGCGAGAUCGUAAAUUAAAAGAUGACAGGCCCAGGCCCAAGGACAGUCAAAGUGGGCCCAAGGAGGACGGCAAAGACGGUAGUGAUCCCAGAAUCACUUCUGAGGACCACCGGGCUAUGAGCAAAGACUCUCGUUCUAAUCCCCACAUGCAGUUCUCAUCACCACUAGCACAGCACCAAGGCUACAUGCCGUACAUGCAUGGUUACCCCUAUGGACAAGGCUAUGACCCUAACCACCCUGGAUACAGGAGCAUGCCCUCAGUCAUGAUGCAGAAUUACCCAGGCUCAUACCUUCCCGGAGGCUAUCCGUUUUCUCCAUAUGGCAGUAAAAUAGCUGGAGGUGAGGAGGGCGGCGACAAAUCUCGCGCCAGCCCUACUGUCACCAAAACGGCGGCAGACUCCAAAGCCCUGGAUAUCCUGCAUCAGCACGCCAGCCAAUACAAGAGCAAAUCCCCCACAGUAGGUGACAAGCCACCCCACGAGAGGGAGCGGGAGCAGGACAGAGGAGCCGGUGGAGACAGAGAUCGGGAAAGAGAGCGCGAGAGGGAAAGAGAAAGAGACGUGGACCGACCACGCUCCUCGCCCUCCCAGCGCAUCAUGCCCUCUCACCACCACCUGGGAUACCCCCUGCUCUCAGGGCAGUAUGACCUGUCCUACGCCACAGGUCUCUCCUCAUCAGCUAUUGUUGCCAGCCAACAAGCAGCAACCCCCUCCCUCUACCCGCCACCACGGAGGUGAGAACGGGAAACCUGACCGUCACACCUCAACCCUGCAAAGAUUCAUGUGACUGGCUCACAUGAGAAGAAAAUCUCCCGGGUGUUACCUUUUAGACAUCAGUUGAAUGGUGUUUCUAUCUAUAUUUUUAGUUCUUCUGCCCCAAGGCGAGGCAGAUUGUCGUCUUUUUUUUCUUUUUUUUUUCUGUCCUCCCCUCGUAAAUGACCUGAAAUUUUUCCAAACCUUGGACUGUAAAGGAACUGAUAAUAACCCAGGUUCAAAGCCAUCACUCUGCCUCACCACGCAGAGGAAACACCAACCCGCUGAUUAUCUAGUCUUUGCACUGUCAACAAAUACAAUGCAAAAAGAGACUAUUGGACUGCCAGAACAGCUUUUUUUGUUGUUGUUGUUGUUUUUUUUCUUUCUUUGACUGCAUUGUUUUUUGUCACACGCAGAAAGAAAUUGGCAGGGGAUCCUGAUGAGUUGGGUGGCUGAUGGGGAAAAGGGGAGUCAAACUAAAUUAAAGACUGAAAAGAAAAAGUGAAUCAUAUUGAAAUGAUUUCAACUCUGUCUUUGGCUUCUUGUAUGCCGUGAAACAACAGUAUAUCCUUAACUUGACAAAUGUUUGGCUAUAUUUCGAGGGGGGGAGAGGGAAUAUGGCAACAGCUGCUUUCUUCAGAGACUUGAGAGCCUGAGACUGAAGUUUAUUCAUGUUCCAUCAUCAUUGUCAAUUCCCAUCCUCUUUGAACCCUCAGUACUUGUUUCAGGGAUGAUGUCGUCAUGUUUUUGCGAAGGGACCGCACACACCUCAAUGGAGAAUAAACACUAUUCAUGUUUUCUUUUUCUCAGUAACACUUCUGAUCCAUAUCAUUGUGUUCAUCCUUGAAUGUGUCCGAUGCUGGUAUGAGUCCUGUUUUUCCUCACAGUGAAAGGGUCACAUCUAUCGUUACACUCAAACGGUGAAGCCACAUUAGCGAGCGAUGAAUUCACAGGGCGUUGUCAUCACUGCAUUUGGCCACUUGUUGGGGUUUUUGGUGUUCUUACUGUAAGACUGUGCUUCGUUCAGCUCGUCACGUUUGAUUGUUUUCUGUAAACAAUGUGAAAAUUUAACUAAACUCAUGUAUUUUUCUGCUGUAAUAUAGACUUUUAGCCUACUUUGAUGUGCAUAAAUGUUUAUAUUUAUCCCAGCACGCAACUGUUUAAAAGCUGUCACUGUUAAAUAGCUUUCAGCCUUCACAGCGUUGAACAUUAUGUGCUCGAAUCAUUGUUUCCUCAACCUCCGCUGUGCUUUUUUGUCUCCCCCAGCAUUGGUUAUAUUGCUGCACUUUUUAUUUUUACUUGGGCUCUACUUUUUCACAAUCUUGGUCAUGUCAUUCAUCUCAACAUGCAGAGUGCAAAUUUGACUGGAUCCAGACCUCUGAAAAGGGUUCGUACAAAGCGUUGAAGGUUUUUUAACCAUUAGGUUUUUAACAUUAGGGAAUAUGCUUGAAUUUGAAUAUACUCUUUGAAAAAUGCUUGAUUUUUGGCAUAAUCUGGUGUUUACUCGACACUUUCACUCAUGUAAAUUUAAAAAUGUUUUAAUAUUUGCAAUUAAACGAUCCCAUCAUAUUUGUUUGUUGUCCUGAGGGCGACAUUUGUUUUUGUUUUGUUUUUUCAAAAUCUAUGAUAAUAAUUUAGAUGUGAUGAUAAAGGCUACGAGACAUUUUUGGUUUGGGUACCUUAACAAGUGCUUAAAAAGUGCUUGAAUUUCUUGAAAAGCUGUACGAACCCUGUCUGAAUCGCUGUCCACAUCUCAGUUCUUUUUCAGCGAUUCAAAGCAAACUGACAGAUAACAUGAAGACAAACUAGUAAAUCAGUGUGAUUUUCAGCCUGUUGUUCACUGACAAAAGGGCGGACAUUUCUCUUGGUGCUUCGCUUGCUCGUGUGGCUUCACCAUUACUCACAUUCACCUCAGACACUUAGCUUGGUUUUCCUACCAGCGGCUAACUUUGGAUCGACUGGGCCAACGAGUCUGACACCUGACAAACAGCUUUCUUUGUUCAGUUGCUGCCUGUGCUGUGAGGUCAACAUAUUGGCACAUUAAACAACACAAGUGCAUAAAACGACCCAAAUAAAAUAAAAAAAUCUUUUAGCUGUUACUGUUACAUGAGCCAAUCAGAUGCAGACAAUAAUUCAAAAGAAGGGUGAGCCAUUAAAAAGCUUUGGAGCAAAAGCUAACAUGGCUAAAACAAGUGAAAUACCUUCAUCACACACACAUGACUGAAGUAGAAAGCUCAAAGUUCAGCUUAGAAGAAGCACGUUGCUUUCGGCUUUCUUUUCGAUCUCAAGCUGGUGGUGCCAGUCUGUAUAUUCACUUUAAAUCUACAGAAAAAGCGACGGCCUGUUCUACUAGAACCCUAGGACCCUCUGGCUUUAAAUUACACUUCUCUUGUACCUCAGGGGUUGUAAGUGAAAUUCUAUCCAGAUGCUAUUUGCAUUGAUUUCAGAGGGUUUCUGUUUGAGGGUGAAGAAAAACACAUUUUCUGCUCUGAGCUGGAUGUGCUGUGGUAGUGGUUCCAUUCAUAAAUGACAAAUUGGCUCAGGAUAGGGACUUGUUAAAGGUUUUAUGCCACACCGUGCUGCUGCGGGGUCUGACGCAUUAUAAUAAGAGCAGAAUAUUGACUGUGUUGUCAUUAAAUUAAAAUGUUAUUGAUUUUUACACUUUUAAAUGUUCCCAUUGUUAUAGUUUUUUUCGCAUUACAUACUGUAUGUGAUCCAGCUGUUAAUUUUCACGCCUAACACCCUCUGAAGUUCAGCUGUUUGUUGAGACUCGUGAAACUGCAGUGAUUCAUUUCGACGUUCACGGACAUUCCCAGUAAAUAAGUUGCCAGUUUCUCGUCCCACGGAAGUUUGCAAGAAGGUUUAUCUUUUAAUUUUUUUGCGCAUUUUAAAGAAGAAUGGCUGACUUGAAAAAGCUGAAUGUGGUGGUGUUUGACUUGUACUUAAUCUGUAAGGGUAAUCUAGGCAGCUGUGAUGUUGUCAUUAAAGUCGGUGGGUUUUAGUACCAGCAGACUGCAUACAGUACAUAUAGUUUUAUCAGACAAUGGUUGUGACAAGUGCAUUUGUUCUCUCUCUGAGAGUAGUAAUGUUAUCUCAGUAGUAAGCAAAGCCCAGUGAAAAUCAUAUAUACUGAAGUGUAUGAAAAGCCAGAAGAGUAAUGUUUGCUAUCAACAUAUUGGAAAGUGCUUGGCUCUUGUAUUUUGCAGGACUGUAUUUGUUUCAUGGUGAAGAGUAUAUUUAUUGGCCAGCAGUUGUCUCAAUUGGUGCCUAGUUGAACAUUCUUCUGUGAAAACACAGAGACACUUGCUCGUUUGUCCUUUUCCCAACCCACCUACUGUCACACAAACCUCCCCUCCUCCUCCCCCGCCCCCCCAAAGUACCAGUUCUGGUGCUUGCAAGGAUGUUUACAAUAUCUUCAUUUUCUUUCUGUGUGAGAAAUUCAGAACUCUUCACCCUCACCUCCGUUCUCCCUCCCUUCAGGAGUUUGUGUAAAGUGUACAUUAUCAUGGUUCUUUUUUAUACAAUACUCUGUAACUUGCCUUUGUAAAUUUGGGCUGGAAAAAAAUAAAUCUUUUUAUGAGACAAUC